AUAGCCAUGAUUGACAGGUAAUAAAUAAAUAAAAAUUCACAUUCACAUUUCUCACAUUUCUUAAGUUUCAACUUCAGAAACUUUCCUUUCCUCUUAAAACCGAAACAAUCUUUCCUUCGAUAUUUUUCAGAAAAUUUCUCCAUCACCAUGAGCAACGAGUACGACUACCUGUUCAAGCUUCUACUCAUCGGAGACUCCUCUGUCGGAAAGUCCUGUCUGCUCCUCCGAUUCGCUGAUGACUCUUAUGUUGAUAGCUACAUCAGUACCAUUGGAGUUGAUUUUAAAAUUAGAACUGUGGAGCUGGACGGGAAGACAAUCAAGCUGCAGAUUUGGGAUACUGCUGGACAGGAACGGUUCCGUACUAUCACAAGCAGUUAUUAUCGAGGAGCCCACGGGAUCAUUAUUGUCUAUGAUGUCACUGAGAUGGAAAGCUUCAAUAACGUUAAGCAGUGGUUGAAUGAAAUCGAUAGAUAUGCAAAUGACAGUGUAUGCAAGCUUCUAGUUGGGAAUAAAUGUGAUUUAGUUGAGAACAAGGUUGUGGACACUCAAACAGCUAAGGCAUUUGCAGAUGAGCUUGGGAUUCCUUUCCUUGAGACAAGUGCUAAGGAUUCAAUCAAUGUGGAGCAGGCUUUCUUAACCAUGGCUGGUGAAAUCAAGAAAAAAAUGGGAAACCAGCCAACUGGGACCAAGUCUACCGGGACUGUGCAGAUGAAAGGGCAGCCAAUCCAGCAAAAGGGCAAUUGCUGUGGUUAGAAUUAAUCUUGUAAUGCUAAACUAUGUUAGAAGACUGUGAGACUGUUUAACUUGGUUGUCUGUGUUAUUACAUGAAUCUCUUAAAAAUGUAAAAUAUUGCCUGCUUUUAGUGCUUUCUCUUUAA